AUGCCGUCAGAAGGGCUGCGCAUCGGCUUUGUGCCGGAGCACUUUUCAACACCCAUCUACUUUGCCCAGAAAUACUACGGUCUCAAUGCCACCCUGAUACCCUUUCCCUCCGGCACCGGCCACAUGAUUACGGCCAUUCGCGCGGGCGAAAUUGAUAUUGGCAUCGGCCUGACGGAAGGGUGGAUUGCAGGUCUCGGGAAAGAAGGCAUUGAAGGAGACGGAGGGUACCGCCUCGUCGGCACCUAUGUCGAUACCCCAUUGUGCUGGGCCAUCUCCACGGGAGCACAACGCCCCGAAGUCACGUCCGUUGCCUCUCUCAAAGGCAGCAAAAUUGGCGUCUCCCGUAUCGGCUCCGGAUCCUACGUGAUGGGCUUUGUUCUCGCCGACCAGCAGGGAUGGCUCGCCGACAACACCCACUUCUCCGACACGGUGGUCCUCCAGACCUUUGACAAGCUUCGCAACGCAGUCAACUCUGGCGAGGCCGACUUCUUCAUGUGGGAACAUUUCACGUCCAAAAAGUACUACGACUCUGGCGAGAUUCGACGCGUGAGCGAAAUUUACACCCCCUGGAGCAGCUGGAAGAUUGUUGCGUCGACCAAGUUGACCGAGAGCCGGGAUGAUCGUGUAAAAACGCUGUUUGAGAAGCUGGAUCGGGGUGUACAGCACUUUACCGAGAAUCAGGAUGAGGCGGUUCGGUACAUCUCGACGGAGCUGGGGUACACAGAGCCUGAUGCGAAGGAGUGGCUCAAGACGGUCAAGUUUCCCGUCAAGACGGAAGGGGUAAAAGAUGAGGUUGUGAGGAAUUGUGUGAAUGUGUUGAGAAAGGCUGGUGUUUUGGUGGAAGGCAAGGGGAUGGAUGCAGGUGCCAUGGUUGUGAGGGUAUGA